CUGCAACUAACACUACGGCUGGGCCCGCAUCAUCGACUACAACGCCGCACGCACCACUCUUGCUCUUGCUCGCUACCACUCACUCCCAUUAAAAGUUAUAGAGACCAUGUCCGGAGCCGCAGUCGAGCCUCUCACGCCGUUCGGCUCUGCCCUCGCCGGCGCCCUGGGCGCCGUCUUCUCCAAUGCCGUCGUCUACCCCCUCGACACGGUCAAGACGCGCCUGCAGGCGCUGCCGGCGUCCGAGAUCGAGGCCGAGAAGCGCGAGGACGCGGCCGCCGCCAAGCAGGGCAAGGGCGGCCUCGCGGGCGCCAUCAAGCGCAAGCUCCGCUCGUUCCAGAUGCUCAACAUGCUCAUCCGCAUCAUCCGCACCGAGGGUGUCGCGGGCGCCUUCAAGGGCUUCAGCGCGAACAUGAUCAACUCGUUCUCGAUGCAGUUCGCCUAUUUCUUCUUCCACACCUGGCUGCGCAACGCGGCCCUCAAGCGCACCACAGGGCCGCUGGGGACGGGUGCCGAGCUCGGCCUCGGCGCGGCCGCCGGCGCGCUCGCGCAGAUCUUCACGAUCCCCGUCGCCGUCGUCGCGACGCGCCAGCAGCUCUGGCUCCCGCCACCAGGCGCGACGGGCAAGGCGGCCCACGAGCCGACGCUGUUCGAGACCGCCGCCGACAUUGUCAAGGAGGGCGGCGUGACGGCCCUCUGGACCGGCCUCAAGCCCGGCCUCGUGCUCACCGUCAACCCCGCCAUCACGUACGGCGUGUUCGAGCGCGCAAAGUCGUGGAUCCUCUCCGAGGGCCGCGAGGGCGGAAAGCUUACCGUCGGCGAGGCGUUCUGGCUCGGCGUCUUCUCCAAGACGCUUGCGACGGUUGUCACCUACCCCUACAUCUUUGCCAAGGUCCGUCUCCAGGCCAAGGCCGAGGACCCCGAGGACCAGAAGCCCAAGGGCGCCAUCGACGUCCUCACAAAGGUCUACAAGGAGGAGGGCAUCGCCGGCUGGUACCAGGGCCUCACGGCCCAGAUCACAAAGGCCGUCCUCUGCCAGGGCAUCCUCUUCGUCUCCAAGGAGCAGUUCGAGGACUAUGCCCGUAUCAUCAUCUCCACGGCUUCAAAGCUCACCGCCAAGCACCCCCUCUUCUCCAAGGCCGCCUAGGCGACGACGACAGCACCGUCAGUAAAGCAUCAGUCCUGUUUGAUCUCUUGUAUGAUGAAGAUGCGAUAGCCAUGACAUACAUA